UACAAUAUCGGUGUCUUGAGAAUUGCGUUCUCCGGACAUUAUUAUUUUAUAUUACGGUCGAUGCCAAACCGUUUAUUAAGUUUGCCUUCCAAGGUGAAAACGAUUCAUCAAUAAAUUGACUUUUGGAAUAAAGAAAGUUGAAGAUGACUCACAUACAAAGAUAAACCCCCAAGAAAUGGCUGAGAAUGUAAGAGUAAUAGUAAGAUGUCGGCCUUCGAACAAGCGGGAGUUGGCGACCAAUUGUAAAAGUGUAGUGAACAUCCAAAAUCCAGUAGUAGAGACAUGGGAUCCUGGAGAAGGGCCAUCGUUUCCGAAAACAUUCACUUUCGAUUCGACUUAUGACCAAAACUCAAACACUGAAGUUAUUUACAAUGAUAUUUGUUAUCCUUUAGUUGAAAGUGUUUUAGAAGGUUACAAUGCGACAAUAUUUGUUUACGGGCAAACAGGGUGCGGCAAGUCUUUUACAAUGGAAGGAAUUAAAGGUCCAGAUCCUACUCAAAAAGGCGUUAUUUCCAGAGCUUUUGAACACGUAUUUGAAGCGAUAUCCGUUACUAGUGGAGUAAAGUAUUUGGCUUUGGUUAGCUAUUUGGAAAUUUAUAAUGAACAAAUUAGAGAUUUACUAGUGCCAAAUGACAAAAUGGCUAACAGCGGUACACUUAGCUUGAAAGAAACCCCAACCGAAGGUGUCACAGUACCUGGUUUGACCCUCCAUCCAGUCCACAAUGCUCAAGAAGCGGAACAUUACUUAAACAUGGGUUCAAAAAAUCGUGUGAUCGGUGCUACGCUAAUGAACCAAAACAGCUCGAGAAGUCACAGUAUCUUCACAAUAAGCAUAGAACAAAUAAACAAUGUCAAUAAUAACCAAAGCAUAAAAAAAGGAAAAUUGAAUUUGGUAGAUUUGGCAGGUUCGGAAAGACAAACUAAAACUGGGGCCACUGGAGAUAGACUCAAAGAAGCUACAAAAAUUAAUUUAUCAUUGAGUGCUCUAGGAAAUGUAAUAUCAGCUUUAGUUGACGGAAAAGCUAAGCAUAUACCUUAUAGGGAUUCAAAGCUUACAAGAUUACUACAGGAUUCAUUAGGAGGAAACACUCGUACUUUGAUGAUAGCUUGCAUAAGUCCCGCUGAUAGAGAUUACAUGGAAACUUUAUCAACUCUAAGAUAUGCUAAUAGAGCCAAAAAUAUAAGUAAUAAACCCAAAGUUAAUGAAGAUCCAAAAGACACAAUUCUUAGGAAGUAUCAAGAAGAAAUUGAACGCCUAAAGUCAUUGCUAACAAGUCAAAGUGAGCCUGAUGGUUUGAGGGUAGUGGAUUUAACAGGUGUUGGAGAUGAAAUUGAGAUCAACAAAAAUGUACGUUCGAGAAAUGUCGAGCUAGAUGCAAAAAGAGACAAAUUGUUGCAAGAAUAUCAAAGUGAAAUGGAAAAGCUGAGAAAUUUACAUGAAAGCGAAAAGAACGAAAAGGAAACUGUUUUAAAGCAAAUACAAGUAAUUAAAGAUGAAUAUGAGAAAAACAUUAAAAAACUCAAUGAGGAAAUUAAUAUAAAUCAUAUCAAAGAGGUAACUUCCAAAGAAGAAGUAAUGAAACGUAUAGAAGAACUAAAGAAAGUUCUUAUUGGAGGAGAGAAAGCCAAUGAUAAAGAGCUCUCAGAAAGAAGGCUGAGAAAAAAGAUUGAAGCAGAAAAAAGGGCAACUUUGAUUGCUCAUCUACUAGCCAAAAUCGAUAUGAACGAGGACAGAGAACUUUUACAAAAUCAAUACAAAGACAUCAGUCAAGAAUUAAACUUAAAAACAGAAAUAUUAAGAAGAUAUCGGCACAAAGUAAAAACAUUAGAAAAAGAAAUAAAAGAUAUUCAAAGCGAAUUUCAACAAGAACGAGACGACUAUCUUGAAACUGUCAGAAGAGAAGAAAAAAAUGUUAAGCUGUUGAGUCAAAUUAAUGAAAAAUUGAUUGGAACUUUGAAGAAAGAUUGUAAUUAUAGUGACUUAGAGGCAAUUAAAGAACAGGCUAUAUGGCUUGAAGAUAGUCAAAAAUAUAAAUUGCCCGACUUAACUAUACCAAGGACCAAACUACCCCCUGCUGGAAGAUUUUCGGACAUACAAACCGCCCCUGCCAGGCUCAAUAGUGAAAUUUCAUUGAGCAGGCAAAAUUCUGUAGAUCAGGAAACCACUAAGUCUGACACCCAAGAUUUGAUAUCUAGCUACUUUCAACCAGCUACAAAACGAGCCACAGAACUACUCAGCCAAUCUAAUGGUACAUUAGAUACACACAAAGUUUUCAAUACGUGGAGAGGUGCAACGCAUUUUCCAGAUUUUGCCAAGAAAAGCAGCAAAACUCGAUCCAACGAAAAUGUAACUUUAGAUUCGCCCAAAAGUUUUACUGGGUCCAAUUUAAAAGGAUUUCAUUGGUUAACAUCUGCAGCAGGAUCUCCAUUUAAUACAGACAACUUAAAGAAACCUUUUCGCCUGGAAGCAUUGCCAGACAUAGGAAAAAGAAGUGGCAGGAAGGGACAUCUCAAUACCAUGGAACUUCUUUAGUUUUUGUGUUUUGGGACUACACGUACCUAUUUAAAAAAAAAAUAUUAUAAAUAAAAUACCUACCUAGAAAAUUUGUUAAAAAUAAAUAAAUAUUAUAAAAUUUGUUACAGUUUAAAAUAGAUUUUAUUAAAAUGUAUUUUGUAGUUAAGAUGUGUGAUAUUUUCUUAUACCUAAAUAUAUAAUUUAUUUUAA